GCAGCCGAGGUGGCGUCUCGGGGCGAAGGGGCGGCGGGCGGAGCCGAGAGGCAGGAAGGUAGCGGUGGCCGGUGGUGCCCAGCAUGGCGGCCACGGCCUACGAGCGGCUGAAGCUGCAUAUUACACCUGAAAAAUUUUAUGUGGAAGCUUGUGAUGAUGGGGCUGAUGAUGUCCUCACCAUUGACCGAGUGUCCACAGAAGUCACCCUGGCAGUCAAGAAAGAUGUUCCUACUUCAACUAUUACAAGACCAAUAUUUGGUAUACUGGGCACAAUCCACCUGGUGGCAGGUAAUUAUCUUAUUGUCAUUACCAAAAAGACUAAAGUAGGUGAAUUUUUCAAUCAUGUAAUAUGGAAAGCAACAGAGUUUGAUAUCCUUUCUUAUAAGAAGACAAUGUUGCACUUAACUGAUAUUCAGUUACAAGAUAAUAAAACUUUCCUAGCAAUGCUAAAUCAUGUCUUGAGUACGGAUGGAUUUUACUUUUCAACAACAUAUGAUUUGACCCAUACUCUGCAGCGGCUGUCUAACACUAGUCCAGAGUUCCAAGAGAUGAGUCUCUUGGAAAGGGCAGAUCAACGAUUUGUGUGGAAUGGACAUCUUCUUAGAGAGCUGUCUGCUCAGUUGGAGGUCCAUCGCUUUGCUCUUCCAGUGUUACAUGGCUUUAUUACUAUGCACUCAUGUUCUAUUAAUGGAAAAUACUUUGAUUGGAUUCUCAUCUCCAGGAGGAGUUGUUUCAGAGCUGGUGUGCGCUAUUACGUAAGAGGAAUUGAUUCUGAAGGCCAUGCAGCUAACUUUGUAGAAACAGAGCAAAUUGUGCAUUACAAUGGUAGCAAGGCUUCAUUUGUACAGACCCGAGGAUCAAUACCUGUUUUCUGGUCUCAAAGACCCAAUCUCAAGUACAAACCAUUGCCACAGAUCAACAAAGUAGCAAAUCAUAUGGAUGGUUUCCAAAGGCAUUUUGAUUCACAAGUAAUUAUUUAUGGAAAACAAAUCAUAAUCAAUCUGGUAAACCAGAAGGGCUCAGAGAAGCCUCUUGAGCAGACCUUUGCCACAAUGGUGUCUUCCUUGGGAAGUGGAAUGAUCAGGUACAUUGCCUUUGACUUCCAUAAGGAAUGUAAAAAUAUGAGAUGGGACCGACUGAGUGUUUUAUUGGAUCAGGUAGCAGAAAUGCAGGAUGAAUUAAGUUAUUUUCUAGUAGACUCUACUGGCAAAGUGGUGACAAACCAGGAAGGUGUUUUCCGCAGCAAUUGCAUGGAUUGUUUAGAUAGAACGAAUGUGAUCCAGAGUUUGUUAGCUCGACGUUCACUUCAGGCCCAGCUUCAGAGACUAGGAGUUUUACAUGUGGGACAAAAGAUUGAAGAACAAGAUGAAUUUGAGAAGAUUUACAAAAACGCUUGGGCUGACAAUGCAAAUGCCUGUGCCAAACAAUAUGCAGGAACUGGUGCCUUGAAGACUGACUUUACCAGAACUGGAAAGAGAACUCAGCUGGGACUUAUAAUGGAUGGCUGGAACUCACUAAUACGAUAUUACAAGAACAAUUUUUCUGAUGGAUUUAGACAAGACUCUAUAGACUUAUUUCUUGGGAACUAUUCAGUGGAUGAAUUAGAAUCUCAUAGUCCUUUAAGUGUUCCAAGGGACUGGAAAUUCCUGGCUUUGCCUAUUAUCAUGGUUGUUGCCUUUUCGAUGUGCAUUAUCUGUCUGCUUAUGGCUGGUGACACUUGGACAGAAACACUGGCCUAUGUGCUCUUCUGGGGAGUAGCGAGCAUUGGAACAUUUUUCAUUAUUCUCUAUAAUGGCAAAGAUUUUGUGGAUGCUCCCAGAUUGGUCCAGAAAGAAAAGAUAGAUUGAAUUUGUAUUUGUGGAAAGCGGCUUGGAUUAGAAGAUUCCAUGAUGCAGAACUGGAGUCUUUACUGACUCGCUUUCCACAUGAGCCCAAGGUCAUUCGAAAGCCUUUUUUCUUUUGCUCUCCCCAAAGCACCUCAUGUGCUCCUUGCUGGGUGAUGACUUGGAAUUGAUCUGAUGUUUCUGCCUUCAUAAUCUCUUUACUAUUGAGAGGGUUAUAUUUAUAAUUUGAAGCUCUACUAGAAUUGAAAUACAAUCUGCAUUCAGCUCAUGGAAUGGAGGGACUGUAUUCAUUGUCAAGCUAAUCAGCUGUUAACAGAUAAGUAAUAUAUUUUAAAAAAAUAUUUAGCCUCUUUCAUUAUUUAAAACCGGAAAAUUAUUUUUCUAGCUCUGUUUCAUUAUUGUCAUCAUAGAUGCAGUCACACACACAGCCCUCCCUCCAGCUUCAGAUUUCCCUUAAAAAACUUAGUAAUAAGCUAAUCCUACUGUAUUGAUAAAACGUAAGUUUCUUACAGGCAUCAAGUAGAUUUGAAGAGAAGGUCUGCGACUUCAUGGGAGGAAUGAGGCAAAGCAGGACCUGGAUUUUUUUGUGAUUUCCAUGACCUAGGUCAGCUCGAGCCGCCGCAGAGCUCUAACAGUCAAAGUGAGACGGAAGAGUUCACAUAUACUUUAUCUUUUAUAAAAGCUGUAGACAAAAAUCAAAGAAUGUAAAAUCUUUUAUCUCUUAUGCCAAAGGUCCAAAGCCACCUCUUUAGAAGGACCACCCCAUUAUGGAAACUGCCCUUGGUUGGCAGGUCGCCUGCUUCUAAACACUUGAGUUUCUCUGUGGUUUACUCGUCAAGCCCUGUGGGGCCUCCAGUAGGGUCUCGUGCUAAAUUUGGUAUCGUACUUGGGGCGGCUGCCACUUUUCCAUGCAUGGUACUGUUUCUUUCUUACUCUGUCAGGCUUUUGGUUGGCUGUCAGUGAGUGCGUCUGAUCCUUGGCUCUUCUAGGUAGUUAACAUUCUCCAGAUCAAGGACCAACUUCAACUUGAAUGUACGUGCAAAAACAAACCUGCAUCGUUGUCAUUGUCAGACUGUAUAUUCAAAUUAAAAUUAUGAGGUUUAGAUGAUAGAACAGUAAGUUAGUAUAAUUACCACUGUUUCAAGACAAUUCAGUUAAACACUGCUACAGUAUCUUAGUGUUUUGCUGCAAAGUAUGUACAGCUUCCCCCCCCCCCCACUGGCAAUAACCUAUGUUGUUCUUCAAUAUUUCUAAAGCGCCUUUAUUAUAAUGUUACCUUUCUUCAACCUUAUCUUUUAUAAACAUUCAUAGGAGUGGCUGCUUUUAAGAAAUCCUAAACAAAGUAAUAGCUGGGGAAACCCUCGUGUAGCUUAAAAUCAGUCAUGAAAAUUCACAAUAGGGUAAGUCAAUAGAGCCACCUAUUUGUAACAUGUAAAUAAGCCUAAUUUGUUCCAAAGAUGGAAUAUUGAAACAUAGCUUAUAUCUACUGUAAUGUAUCAUGCAAAUGCUAUUGGACAUUUUGAUAGUAAGAACUUCACAUUAACUCCAACAAAGACCAAAUCUGAAUUGCUGGCGUGGCUGCUUUGCAGGGAAUGUACUAGUAAUCUUGGUGUGUUAGGUCUUAAGCUAUCGAUAUUUCAGGAUCCUGCGGUGAUUUUCCUUCUCCAUUCAUGUACUGUAUGUCCAUAAAUGAAAAUAAAAUGUUGUAUUCUUUUCUAA